GGCCGGCUCGCCCGGGCGUUCAGUUGGGAGCAAUCUCUCGUACUGUUCGCGUCGCAAGUAAUCGUCAUUUCACCGAUAUACAAGCGGCAGCAACCAUCCCGUUGACAUAGUUAUUGUGUUUUUUUUUUUUUUGUAAAUUGUGAAGUGUUACCGAGUGUGAGAAACCCGAAACCGGCGUAAUCCUCCCCCUGUCAUCCGUAUACCGAAAGACAGCGACCAUUUUCCUGCUCGAGGGAUCCCGGCCUCCUUACCGCUUAGUUAUGAGUCAUGUGGCCGUCGAAAAUGUUCACGGUCUAGACCAGCAGUUUGCUGGCCUGGACUUGAAUUCUGCUGACGCAGAGGGUGGUAGUUCAACUAAAGGCCGAUAUAUUCCUCCUCACUUAAGAAACAAAGAAGCUUCAAGACUUGGUUAUCCAAGGUGUCAGUACCCAGCUGUAGAUGUGUAUAAGGGCUACGGUGAUUGGUGGUCCCAAAGAAAUGAUUCAAACUGGGAUUCUGGUCGGGGAGGAAAUGGCUACAUAAAUGGAGCUAGUGAUGACCGGGUGAAUGGGUGUGAUCGAACUGGAUAUGCCAGUAGGGGUACUACUGGUCGCACUGACAGAGGCUUUUAUGACAGAGAUAACUCUGGGUGGAAUUCAGGGAGAGACAAAGACGCAUACAGCAGUUUCGGGUCGCGUAGUGACCGUGGUAAAUCAGGUGUAUUUAGCGAUAGAGGAAAUGGAACUAGGAGAUCUGAUGAUCGUCGCACAGAUGGCUUUGAUAGUGGUUCUAAUCGUGGUGACAAAAGUGGUUUUGGUAGAUAUGAUCGAGGGAACAGUCGUUGGGCAGAUGAGAGAAAUGAAGAAGAUGACUGGUCAAAACCUCUUGCAGCAAAUGAACGUACGGAACAAGAACUCUUCUCCGGAAGCAACACCGGCAUUAACUUUGAAAAGUAUGAUGACAUUCCAGUUGAAGCAACAGGCAAUAACUGCCCGCCACAUAUCGAUAUUUUCCAGGAUGUCCACAUGGGAGAGAUAAUUAUGGGAAAUAUUCAACUCACCCGUUAUACCCGACCAACUCCAGUACAGAAGCAUGCCAUUCCCAUCAUCAUAGGGAAGAGGGACUUGAUGGCUUGUGCCCAGACAGGUUCUGGAAAAACUGCAGCAUUUCUGUUGCCCAUUUUAAGUCAGAUAUAUGCAGAAGGUCCUGGAGACACAAUGAAGCACUUAAAGGAUAAUGGAAGAUAUGGACGGCGCAAACAGUUUCCACUAUCUCUUGUAUUGGCUCCAACAAGAGAGCUGGCAGUUCAAAUCUAUGAGGAAGCACGAAAGUUUGCAUACAGAUCCAAAGUUCGUCCAUGCGUUGUUUAUGGUGGAGCAGACAUUGGGCAACAGAUUCGAGACUUAGAACGGGGUUGCCACUUGCUUGUUGCCACACCUGGCCGCCUUGUUGACAUGAUGGAACGGGGAAAAAUUGGGUUGGACUGUUGCAAAUAUCUAGUGCUGGAUGAAGCAGACAGAAUGCUUGACAUGGGGUUUGAGCCUCAAAUUAGGAGAAUUGUCGAGCAAGACACAAUGCCUCCAAAGGGUGUUCGUCAGACCAUGAUGUUUAGUGCUACCUUCCCCAAGGAAAUCCAGAUUCUUGCUCGUGAUUUCCUGGAUGAAUACAUAUUCUUGGCAGUAGGAAGAGUUGGCUCCACAUCUGAAAAUAUAACACAAAAAGUUGUCUGGGUGGAGGAAACUGAUAAACGCUCAUUUUUAUUGGAUCUUCUCAAUGCAACAGGAAAAGAUUCAUUAACGCUGGUGUUUGUGGAAACUAAAAAGGGUGCUGAUGCACUUGAGGACUUUCUCUACCAUGAAGGAUAUGCUUGCACAAGUAUCCAUGGAGAUAGGUCACAAAGAGACAGAGAAGAAGCACUUCAUCAGUUCCGUUCUGGAAAAAGCCCAAUCCUUGUUGCCACUGCUGUUGCAGCCAGAGGACUUGAUAUUUCAAAUGUCAAGCAUGUUAUAAAUUUUGACUUGCCUAGCGACAUUGAAGAAUAUGUACAUCGAAUUGGCCGUACAGGCCGUGUGGGUAAUUUGGGUCUUGCAACGUCCUUUUUCAAUGAAAAGAAUAUAAAUAUAACAAAAGACUUACUGGAUCUACUAGUAGAAGCAAAGCAAGAAGUACCUUCUUGGCUGGAGGGCAUGGCCUAUGAUCAACAUCACAAGACUAGUAGUCGUGGCCGUUCCAAGAGUCGAUUUAGUGGUGGGUUUGGCGCCAGAGACUACAGGCAGAGCAGUGGCGCUAGCAGCGGCUUUGGUAGCAGCCGUGGAGGUAGGAGCAGUGGUCAUGGUGGCAGCAGGGGAUUUGGCGGAGGUGGAUACGGUGGAUUCUAUAACAGUGAUGGCUAUGGAGGAAACUAUGGCGGCAGCUCCAGUGUGGAUUGGUGGGGCAACUAAAACUGUCCGCAACAGAAAUGACUCAACAGCUAAUAUGGAAACCACAUGUAACCUAGCCAGACUAUACCUUGUGUAGCUUCAAGAACUUGUACAUUACCAGCUGUGAUUCUCCACUGAAUUUUAUUUUCAAGGGAGCUCUGGGCCAUGAAGAAAACAAUGACGUGAAAAAGAGAGCCCUACUCUGAAGAUGUUGGAAGAUUUCAUUGCUGUAGUUUUGGAUUAUUUCCCAAGUCCACCCCUCUCCCAACAACUGCAUUUAUUUUGACUGAGGAUAAUUUGUUUAUGUACUGUGCCUUUAACUUUAGACAACGUUUUAUUUUGAUGUCCUGUUGGCUCAGUAUUGCUCAAGACAUAAAAUGCAAAGAGAAAAUAAAUCUAUUGAACUUGGGCGAAUCAAACCUUGGCACACAGGUGUGAUACAACACAAAACAGGAAUCGUUUCAUCCAUGCAUUAAUAUUAUAAGCAUAAAAUAAACUUGUGCAGUAAGCCUGCAUUAGGGCUUCUGUUAACUUUGCCAUUUGAGGCAAGACCUUGAAGCAUAUCAGAAUAGUUCUAAUGUGGCAAACUGUACAAAGUUAAGUUCUGAUUUGCUCACUCUAUCCUGGAAAGGUACUUAGAACCUGAAGUCUUUUUCAAUAAGCCAUUCCAGUCACAUAGGUGUAUGAGAUUAUUCAUACACAACACUGUUUUCAGAGGACGCAAUACAGCUAUUCCUUUAACAAUGUUUAGGCAGAAGAGUAACUUGUGAGCUAGCCACAAAUGGGCCAAACAUUACAGGGAACGUUAACGAUCUGAAACUUGAAAUAGUUUUUAGGAGGUAUCAUCAUUAAAUUUACUUGCGCCUGUCAUGAAUAAUGUCAGAAUGGCUGACCACAGCAGUAUGUGGUUCUGUGACAGGCCUGGCUGAUUUUGGUCUAAUAACGCAUGCUAGUGUUAAUGUUUUUUGGUCAAGAGGGUAUGAACAGAAAGAAUUAUGCAGCAGGCUUUAUUUUAAUGCAGAUUCACAUUACUCUGUUCAAGCUGCGUUGAAAGGAUAUAAACAUACUUGGCUUACAGUAGACUUUGUAAAAUGGCUCCAGAUGAGUAAAUUUAAAUCUUAAGAUCAAUGGUGGAAAAAAUGUACAUGACUGCACAAGGUGUAAUAUCUGUAAACGUGUGCAGUUUAGUCAGUUUUAGUUGCAUAGGUUUCCAUUGUAUUUAGUAUGUCAAUGCUAAAUCUGGCCAAAGAGUAAUUCCCACCUUCUAACAUCUCUGCCACUUGAAAUUUAGCUUACUCUAGAUGUAGUUGAAUUUAAACAACUUAUGUGGCAUAGGGAUGGUAUAAAUCUAAAGUGCAAUAGAUUUCACAAGUGUUGUGCCUUGCUCUAAAGCUUUUUGUAGGUGCACUUGACAGUAUUGAGGUCAUUGUUAUGGUGCUAUUUAAAAUAUAGGUGGCCCUUGUACAUUUUUGCCCAUAACUUUAUACUAAACGUCUUUUAUUGCACAUUCAAAGAAUUUUUAUACAAGUCUUGUGUACGUGUCCUUAACCUCAAAUCUUAUUUUUAUCUCUUUGCAAUGGCAAAUACACUGCUUAGAGUCUAGGGCAAGAUUGAGACUUAUUGGGACCAUGGGAAUGAUAGAUGGGGAAGCAAACUAUUUUGCACACAAUGGAUUUCUAGAUACUUUUUGCUGCUAGUUUUGUGUAAUAUUUAUUGAACAUUUUGACAAAUAUUUAUUUUUGUAAGCCUAAGUGAUUCUUUGAAAGCUUAAAGAAACUUGACCAAAAGACAGUACAAAAACACUGGCACUUGAAUGUUGAAUGUCAACGUAUGCGUGAAAUUAUAUAUUUCGGGGUAGUGUGAGCUUUUAAUGUUAAGUCAUAUUAAACUCUUAAGUCAAAUUAAGCAGACCCAGUAUUGGCUGAGCAGCCAUAACUUUCUGGUGUAAUUAAAAUAAAAUUGGCAAUUUAAAAUUAAACAUGCCAAGGUUUUGAUACACUUGUCUUAAGAUAUUAAUGAAACACUUCAGAACAUUGAUGUGAAGUGUCCAGAUUCUCAGAUGUUUGUUGCGUGAGUUUUGUUUAGUUGUGUGGUUUAAAUUUUUUUUAUUUUUAUUUCAGUGAAUGUCUGGCACAUUGCAAUCCUCAAACAUGUGGUUAUCUUUGUCAUACUGGUAAAAUUGGUGACUUGUGUAUUCAAUGAUUACAUAUUAGCAAGUAUUUUUUGGCAAUACCUUUUUAACAAGAUAAGGUUCAUAAAUUUAUAUGCAAAUAAUAGAUUUGAACUUGCUAUAUGUCAAAAUUGACCCUCAAGUCGCUCUAGUUUAGUAAUUGCUUAUUGUACUAGUUUAGAUGCUUAGCACUGCAUGUGCUGUGCAUUACUGGUUUUAUUAAAAUAAAAGUUGAAUGGCAAACAA